AAAAGUGUGGUUAGCAAGCAAAAAUGUCAGUAAACACGAUUUUAUUGGAUUUAUGCGUCGAUUCAAGCGUUUUUCAAACCCAAAAGGACAAAAACGAAGUCCUCGACACUGCCGAGGGAAUUUUGAAAAAUCAUUUGCCCGAUUUAGCCCACGUUUUGUCCUGUACUCUUGUAGAUGGGAUGAUGAGGUUUUACAAAAUAAAAGAAAAGGUUCUGGUGAGUUUUAGGAUGUACAGAAGCGGAUUUAUCACGAUAAACAUCGAGUUUUACACCGAAGAAAAUGAAGAGCCUUUUAUAUCUUUUAAUUGUAGUAAACUUUUAGAGCAAAAAUUAAAGUCGGGCUUAAACAGCCCUAGGUCGCGACUGUUGCCUUUUAUAAAAAGAGGUGCUACCUUUGAAAUCUACUAUACCACAUCAGAUGAAAGACUGAUUGAAUAUGAUUUUGAUAAAAUGGUAUUUGAGGAACAAUCACCAUAUCAAAAAGUUCAAAUAGUUCAUUCAAAAACUCUAGGAAAUAUGCUCAUUUUAGAUGACUUACAAAAUAUAGCAGAAUCAGAUCUAAUCUACACUGAAACCUUAAUGUCAAAACACAAAGAAAACUAUAAAGACAAAGAUAUUGUAAUAUUAGGGGGUGGAGAUGGGGCCUUACUAUAUGAAUUACUCAAACAAAAACCUAAAAACAUAAUAAUGUUGGAAAUAGAUGAAACGGUUAUGAAAGCAUGUUCCAAAUAUAUGAGGUCGAUUUGUGGGGACGUUUUGGACACUUAUCAAGGUAAAAAUUAUCAGAUAAUUGUGGGUGAUUGUAUGAAGACUCUGGAUACAUACAUAGAUGAAGAAAAAAAAUUUGACUAUGUUUUUGCAGAUUUAACAGAUGUUCCAAUAUCUGAAGAACCAUCCAGUGAACUCUGGACUUUUAUUAAUCUCAUCCUUCAAAAAUCAUUUAAGGUUUUAAAGCCUACUGGCAAAUUUAUGACGCAUAUUAUCGGUUCAGUAAUGAAAGACACAAUCAAACAGUACCAAGAGUGCCUGGAUAAUUUGGACCCACCAGUCACAUACACCAUGUCAAACGCUUUUGUGCCAUCGUUUGUAGAACUUUGGGAAUUCUGCCAGGUGCGAUUUAAAAGCGACGAAAAGAACGAAUAGCAAAUUUUUUUUAGGGAGUAAAUAAAUUGUGAUUCCAAAUUACUUAAAAAUAUUUUAUUAAACUAAUAUUUAUUACAUUUUUUGCAUUUUCAUUGGAAAAAAUUUCCAUUGGAUAAAAAUUUACAUUGAAGAAAAUUUGCACUGGAUAAAAUUCCCAUUGGAUAAAAUUUGCACUUGAUACAAUUUCCACAGGAUAAAAUUCCCACAUGAUAAAAUUUCCACAGGAUAAAAUUCCCAUUGGGUAAAAUUUCCACAGGAUAAAAUUCCCACAGGAUAAAAUUUCCACAGAAUAAAAUUCCCAUUGGAUAAAAUUUUCACUGGAUAAAAUU